GAAUCUUACCCUCAAUGAAACGAAAUCUGUUGAAUCGAAGUCGUCAAUCAAUUUACUUGGAUAUGGUAUUGAACAUGGUGUAAUUACUCCCGAUCCAGAAAGGCUACGCCCCCUCCAAGAGUUUCCACCACCAGAGAAUGCCCGAACCCUACAGAGAGUAGUUGGUAUGUUCGCCUAUUAUGCAAAAUGGAUACCCCAUUUUUCUGACAAGAUCAAACCUUUGAUGAAGGCUGUAACAUUCCCACUGGAUUCGGACGCUCUAGCUGCAUUCAAUACUCUCAAGAAAGAACUUGGGAACGCAGCUCUUCAACACGUAGAUGAGAGCCUGCCGUUUGUGGUCGAAUGCGAUGCCUCGGAAGUGGCGCUCUCUGCUACGUUAAAUCAGGCUGGCCGACCAGUUGCAUUCAUGACGAGGAUGCUCCAUGGCAGUGAAUUACACUAUCCUGCAGUAGAGAAGGAGGCAAUGGCUAUCGUAGAGGCGGUUCGCAAGUGGCAGCAUUUUCUUGCUCGUCGUCAUUUUACUCUGAAAACGGAUCAGCGUUCGGUAGCGUUCAUGUUCGACAGCAGAAAACGAACCAAGAUCAAGAACAAUAAGAUCCAGGCUUGGCGACUCGAGCUUGGUUCCUUCAGCUAUACAGUGGAAUAUCGGCCUGGGAAGGAUAAUGUUGCUCCUGAUUCAUUCACACGCGCAUUCUCUGCCUCGAUGUCAUCAAACAACCUCGAAGAAAUCCAUAUUGGGUUGUGUCAUCCAGGUGUAACUCGAAUGUUACACUUCGUAAAGUCCAAGAACCUUCCAUACUCCACUGAAGAAGUUAAGAAAGUGUGUUCAGCAUGCCGAAGUUGCGCCGAAUUGAAGCCUCAGUUUUAUCGUCCGCAGCAACCCGGAAACCUCAUCAAAGCCACACAGCCUAUGGAGCGACUUAGUAUCGACUUCAAGGGUCCACUACCUACUGCUACUCGUAAUGCAUAUAUACCCACUGUUGUGGAUGAGUACUCCCGUUUCCCAUUUGCCUUUCCAUGUCCAAAUAUGCAAUCCUCAACCGUCAUCAUGUGUCUGAAUCAGUUAUUCAGUCUUUGUGGCAUGCCAAACUAUAUUCACUCAGAUCUUGGUACCUCUUUCCUUUCUCGGGAACUAAAGGACUAUCUAACGAAACGAGGAAUGGCAACGAGUAGAACUACGCCGUACCAUCCAAUUGGCAAUGGUCAAGUUGAACGAUACAAUGGUAUCAUCUGGAAGGCGGUUCUCUUGCUCUAAGGUCAGCUAAUCUACCAGAUUCAAGAUGGGAACUCGCACUCGCUGAUGCACUUCACUCGAUUAGAUCACUUCUCUGUACGUCAACUAAUGCAACUCCACAUGAAAGGUUUUUUAACUUUCAUCGUCGUUCAUCAUAUGGUGUGUCCCUGCCAUCAUGGAUGCAACCUGGUCCCGUAUUGCUACGUCGAUUUGUUCGAACAAGUAAGAACGAUCCACUUGUGGAUGAAGUGGAGUUAACGGAUGUUAACCCAACCUACGCACGUGUACGUUACGCUGAUGGGAGAGAAUCGUCUGUUUCUCUACGUGAUCUGGCUCCCUGCCCGCCUUCUUCCAUCCAGAAUGGAACCCCCCUUGAACCUCAACCUUCGCAAGAACCCUUACCUACAUCUGAUGGAUUUCCUCCAACGCCAAACUCUACGACUCUGCAAGUUCCUGAGAUUCAGUCAGAAGCGGAUAAUGCUGAACACGAGUUGUUAACAAAAGAAACUGGUCUAAGGCGUUCUACUCGUGUAAGCAAACCACCGGCUCAUUACGGUUGGUAA